GUGUUGUGUUAAAAGAGCUGCAGUCGUUAUGGAAGAAAAACUUCUCGGGCUGGCAGGCGGGGAGCGACUGCCAGCAAGCGCAAGGCCUCACAUGCGACUCAGACGGCAUGAUCACCUCCAUGCGCGUCAACACGUCUGCAGUGGUGAACUGGGAACCCGCCUCCGUCACUCGGCUGUCGCGCCUCACCCAGCUGGAGUUGUUACAAGUGCCCAACAUCCCACAGGGGGCCCUCUACAGCAUGACCUGGCUCAAGUCCCUGGCAGUGGACUGCCAGUCGUACACUCCUUCCGGACUCCCCGAGGGGGUGACCAAGCUCACAGAGCUCACUAGGCUGAGACUAAGCAACUGUUGGUUUAAGAAUGAGCAUUACAGGUUGCUCCGGCUCACCAAUCUUAUGGAACUAGAGCUUCCAUCGAACGGCAUCGUGUAUAUUGAGAAUAUGGUGAUGAGCAGCAAACUCACCAAGCUGGUGAAACUGGAUUUCUCAUCAAACCAGUUGAAUGACAACCAAGUGCUACAAGUCGUUAGCCUGCCCUCCUUGCAAUUCUUGAAUCUUUCCAACAACAGACUGACUGGCAGCUUGCCUGAGUCCCUCACCACCAUGACUAACCUGGUCAGCCUAAGCGUCGCGGCCAACUAUAUGGAAGGAACCAUCCCCCCAGUCCUGGGAAAGCUACACCAUCUGUCAACUUUAGACACCAACACCAGCGGUCUCACAUGCCCUGACAGCUACAGCAGCUGCGGUGUGCCUCAGGAUUCAUCCUCUGGCUUCUGCCGCACCUGCCCUGACUUCUGCACCACUUGUGGCAAGCGCAAGCCGCUGCCCCCGGCCGUCAUCGCAGGAAUCGUGGCGGGUGUUGUUGUCUCUGUGGCGCUUGCUACGCUCCUCUACUUCUACUGCUUUGACAAACCCAAGAUCAUCACCAACAACUUCGAUACUGAGGUUCAGCAGCAGCUGGCUCAGUCGGGCAACAGAGGGGUGGGGGCAGGUCUAAAGGACGCGCGCAUGGAGGCGCGGGAUGAGUUGGUGUUGAGGGUGGUGCAGCUGGCUCUGCGAUGCACCGCCAAGCGGAGCGCCAUGCGGCCGGCCAUGGGGGUGAUUGCAGCCGAGCUGGAGGCCGUGCUGGUGGAGCUGGGCGGCGAACGUAGCAACUCGGCCGCCUGUCAGGUGGACCAGCAGGUGGAGUCGGAGAGGAUGGCAGAUGCAGAUUUGGAUGCAGAGAUUGCGCGGCUGAAUGCGUUGGCUGAAGGCAAUUCAAGUGACAGUAUGCAGUUGCAUUAUACCAAUGGUUGA